AUGUUUAUCUUUAAAUCGCAAGGUUAUGUGGAAGGUGCGGGACAUUUGAACCCUGGCCCUUACCGUGAUGAGUUCAUCAAAUACUACCAAGACGAGAUGAGUGUGGUUCCCUUCCUUCCAUGGCUCAGAAAAGAGGCCAGUAGGAUUAAUGAUAUCUACGUGAAACUAAAGCUGCAAGAGAAACAGUACAGGGCUGGGAGGGUAGUGCAGCGGGCAAUUAACUCCCACGAGGACAUGUUCAAACUGGAGUAUAAAGACGGCAAGCCGGUCAGGUUUAUCUUGCUUUCGGGCAUUGCUGGUAGCGGCAAGACUACCAUCGUGUCAAAGAUUGCCACCGACUGGGCAGAACAGAAGCCGGGAUCUCAACUCUCCAAAUUUACCUUUUUGGUGGCCCUGAGUAUGCGAGAACUUAAGAGCGUCCGUGAUCUGACCGAGGCAAUAUAUGACCAGAUCCUUGCAGAAGAUACGAAGCUCAAUCGAUGGUCUCUGAAAUAUUACCUGCGUUCACAUCCUGACGAAGUCCUGAUCGUGUUGGAUGGCGCUGAUGAGUAUGAUGAAAAGGGUUCCAAUUUGCCAUCUGAAGGUAACAUCAUUAAAAUCAUCACGAACGAUGUUCUUCGUGGGUGUACCGUCAUCGUCACAACACGUCCCUACAUGGUGGACAAGUUGUGUGAGCUCAAUCCUUCUUUCGUUCAUAUUGAGACCAGGGGUUUCUCAGACGGAGGAGUUCAGGAAUACAUUCAGAAGUUUUUCAAGGGCGAAGAUUCAAAGGUGUCUGUCGGGCUGUUUGUGUAUUUAAAGGCAUCUGAGACCCUUCUUAGUUUGGCAAGAACACCAAUAAUGCUGCUGCUUAUGUGUCUUGUAUGGUCAGACGAACAGAAGCUCCCGGAGAUAUUGACAGAGUUGUUUGAGGAAGCACUUCUCUACAUUUUCAAACGUUACUGUAAAAAAUUUGGUUUUCCAAUUCCCGAUGAUAAAGAGAUACUUGAAAAAAAGUUAAUGGAUCUGUAUAAAACAUUAGGCAAAGUAGCUCUUGAUGGUCUGAUGCUUCCUGGUCAGAAGUUGGUCUUUGAAGCUGGGGACUUUGGAAAAUCUGAGGCGGUUGACAAGGCUUGCAAAAUUGGAUUGCUGUCUAAAGAGAAAAUUCGAAGUAAAUUACGUGCUGUUGAACGAGUGACUUUCUUUCAUACAACCUUCCAAGAGGCAAUUGCUGGGUUUUAUUGGGCGAGUCUAGUCGAGUCUGAUAACGAGUUGUUUGAAUCUUACCUGAGUAAGGUGGUCAAGAGUAACGCCUUGGGUAUGGAGUACUUGAUGCGUUUUUGCUGUGGUGGAAAUGUCAGAGCGGCACGAUCCCUUCUUCACCAUGUUGCUGAUACUUUCAGCUCGAAAACUGAAUCAUCGGAUCGUGUUAACUCCGAUGAACCAUUUAGGAGGCUUUGGAAAGUGGUCCGUCUUCUCGGGAAUGCCUUCCCUGAAUGCCUCACAGACCAGCUCAAGAGACUUGAGAAUCUGCGGGUGCUGAAACUCGACAUCAGAGAUGGCUUGUGUUCAGAAUACCUAAACACUUUUGCAAAAGUCUUGCCAUCACUGAAUCUUCCUGUCCUGGAAGUUUCCAUUUCGGAGAGGUCACCAGUUAAACCAGAAGCAUUCCUGUCAGUUGUGCGGUGGGCUUGUGCUUCACCGUCCAUGAAUGAACUCAAGUUCCACGGGUGUAUAUGCCUGCCUCAUAGUAAUGUAGAACCUCAUACCAUGGACGCAUUGCAAACUCUGCAGCCAACCAAGAACUCCAUUCGAAAGUUAAACGUCAGUGGGACCUCCCUCGGCCCGUACAUGACAGUUCUCUUGAGACUUAUCGAGCAAAUGCCAUUCUUAAGGAGAUUAUACAUGGAGGAUAUGAGCUUUGAGGGCACCGAUUGGACUGACCUUGCGGGGGUUCUCCAGGGCUGCCAACUGCUUGAAGAAUUAAAUCUGUCCCAAAACGCCGUGGGAUGCAUGGGUCUCCAAGCUACAUUUCAGGGGACUGGGUACUACGUGCACUCGGUUCCCGUGGCCUGGGCCCAAGCCAAGGAAUUCUGCCAGAAGAUGGGAGGCAACCUGCUGAUGCCCAAGUCAUCUGAGGAGAACGCGUUCGCCAACUCAUUGCUGCAGGAGCACGGGGCGUCUACGGCUUGGUUCGACUGCAGUGAUAGGAUGGAAGAAGGGAAAUGGCUGUGUUCAGAUGAAACACCCUACCGCGACAUCCCAUAUCACAACGAAGCAUCUGAAUAUCGAGAAAGCCAAGACGCGGAUUGCGGGCUGAUCGAGACCGCGGAUCCGGCAAAUAGUAUGCCUACGCUGCACCAUGCGACUAGGAAACAACUACCGUGUGCGAGAGAGAAGCGACGGUACAGCAAGGCAGCCUCGUCAUGCACUGCAUGA